AGACGCCAGGUGAUCUGGGAGUAGGUUAGUUGUGAAAAUGAAGACGUUCAUUGUGCUGUGCGUUGCUGUAUUCGCCUUGGCUGCUGCCAGCCAGGAUAUUGAGAUUGAUUGGUCCACCGUGAGGCCCCUCUGGGAGGUGUCAACAUGGCAGGAUGCCCAUCCGAAGCUUAUGGAAAUUGUCCGUGCUCGCAAGGAUAUGCCGAAAAUUGAGUACGGCCCAGCUGGACGCAUUGUCGGUGGAACCUAUGCUCAACCCCAUCAGUUCCCCUACCAAGUUGGUCUAAUCCUCCACAUGGAUGGUGGCAAUAGCUUCUGCGGUGGCUCCCUGUUGUCUCGCAACUACGCCAUGACUGCUGCUCAUUGCUUGGAUGUUGCCAAUUCGGCUAUUGUUAUCCUCGGUGCGCAUCACAUCUUUGACGCAACGGAACCAACGCAGCAACGUAUCUUGUCUGAUGGAAGCAGCUUCCGUCUCUACCCCAACUGGGAUGCUUCCUUGGUGCGCAACGAUCUCGCCACGCUGCGUCUCAACACACCCGCUGAUUACAUUCCUGGACUGGUGCACAGUGUCCGUCUGCCGAACUUCCGUCAAGCUGAGGAUGGUGUCACUUUUGCUGGCCAGUUGAGCAGCAUCAGUGGAUGGGGACGCUUCAAUGACUCCAGCAAUGAUCUGUCGCCAACACUCCGCUAUGUUCGUCUACCCAUCAUGACCAAUCUCGCCUGCACCCUCCGCUGGCCUGGUAUCAUCCAACCAUCCAACAUCUGUGCCGAUGGUGCCAAUGGUGGCCCCUGCAAUGGAGACUCUGGUGGCCCAGUGAGUGUAAUUGAAGCUGAUGGCAUCACAACACAAGUUGGUGUUGUAUCCUUCGGUCUUGCUCUCGGUUGUGAACUCAACUGGCCAAGUGCACAUGCCCGUACCACGUCCUUCAUCCAAUGGAUUGACGACAAUACUGAUCAUGAAAUUCGCGAAAACUGGUGAUUGACGGCAUCCCCUUGAUCCCUCCUCUAGAUUGAUCUUGUGCAAUAAAAGUCAUCUAAAUUACAAACAAUCAAAAAAUAUCUUCGCCUGAUGUUCAUCAUCCAAUUAAGCCCUGUCAAGAUCCUACGCCUGGGCACAACAACCAAAAUGCCUGAUAAGAUUAGCCUACGGUUGGAACUUCACCUGCAACGGGUAGUUUGGAUUGAGCUUCGUUGCUCUCUGUGGGUGCUUGAGCACUGCUGUUCCCCCCCUAAGAAAAUAAAUCAUUAAAAGCACAGCA